AUGUCUCUUCACAACAUAGGCAUUUCGGGAUCGGCGGCCUUCGAGCUCAUGCGCCCACACUCCUCGGCACACGACUUCGACAUCGACUUCUAUGUCGCGCCCAAUCUGCACUGCAUCGCAGGCGCCAUUACAUCGCUGGAGACGUCGCUUUCGAGGUGGCGGCGAGAACUGCUGCAGGAGUCAUCCGACACCCCAUCGGCUGCUGUCACCGAUUUCCUAACUCGACUCAAGAGUCUGGACGACGAAUUCGGUGGCAUUGGCUUCGAGAAGGAAAUUAUUACCGUGCCCGUCGGUCGCGGAGCUGUUGUGUUGGCCAAUCGUAUCGACAGCGGAUGCGACUUCUUGACUUGGAUGCGCGUUCUCCGUGGCCGCUGCGAGUCAUUAGAGAAGAUCGUCCAGCUGAUUUUUGCGCCCAACUACUCGCUGCUCGCACACAUCUGUCGCUUCCAUUCGUCGCUGGCGCAAGUGCUCCUUACCCUAACUGACGCAGUACACCUGUACGAGGAACUGAUCUCCACGAACACCGCCUACUCUUAG